AUAAAUAAAGAAAAAAGAAAAAUAGAAAGGAGAUGAAAAUGUGUAAACGAAGACCAGGAGACUUAGAAGACUAAGGGGACGAAGAAGAAGAAGAAGAGGAAGAAAUCGUUUAAAUCUCUAGCCUUGGAGCUCGAUCUCUUCAGCUGCUGCGUUCGACGGAUUCUGACGACUCGGCAAUCGGAAUCGCGCGCCGAAUCCAUCUCCAUCAAGAGUUUGGGGGUUUGAUUGAACUACAAGCCUGUGAUGCUGAAGAAAUAAGGAUUCUCUUGAAGGGCUUUUGGUUUUUGUUUUGUUUAUAUAAACUAUAUAUACAAAUAUAUAUCAGAAGAAAAAAAUGUUGGAGAAUGGUCAAAGGUUUCCUGGAAUUAUAGGGAUGAGUAACCAGGACAACAACUACUGUGAUUUGUCCCAAGGGUUUUAUUAUAAGCUCGAUGAAGGGACCAACAUGUCUGUUGACAGUUUUGGGAGCUUGCAAACUAGCAACGACGGAGGAUCUGUUGCUAUGUCUAUAGAUAACAGCAGUGUGGGUUCUAAUACAAACGAUUCUCACACUCGCAUCUUGAACCACCAAGGCCUAAGACGACGUGCAAAUGACAAUUGCUCCGUCCAACAGAGUGUUAACCGCAGAGGAAGAGUUAUGCAUGUUCUGAGUGAUGAUGCCCUUGCUCGAGCUCUAAUGGACAGCAAUUCCAUGACAGAGGGUCUUGAAAACUAUGAGAACUGGACCAUUGAUUUGAGGAAGCUAAAUAUGGGAGAGGCCUUCGCCCAAGGGGCUUUUGGAAAACUAUAUAGAGGAACUUACAAGGGUGAGGAUGUUGCCAUCAAGAUCUUGGAGAGGCCAGAAAACGACCCCGAAAAGGCUCAGCUAAUGGAGCAACAGUUCCAGCAGGAGGUUAAGAUGCUGGCCACACUGAAGCAUCCCAACAUUGUUCGGUUUAUUGGGGCUUGCCGCAAACCAAUGGUCUGGUGCAUUGUCACUGAAUAUGCUAAGGGUGGUUCUGUUCGGCAAUUCUUAAUGAAGCGCCAAAGUCGCUCGGUUCCCUUGAAAUUAGCAGUCAAGCAAGCUUUGGACGUUGCUAGGGGAAUGGCAUAUGUUCACGAGCUCGGGUUGAUCCACCGAGACCUCAAGUCAGAUAAUCUUCUGAUUUUCUCUGACAAAUCCAUAAAGAUUGCUGAUUUUGGGGUUGCUCGGAUUGAGGUGCAGACAGAAGGGAUGACACCAGAAACAGGAACAUAUCGCUGGAUGGCUCCUGAGAUGAUCCAGCAUAGGCCUUACACGCAGAAAGUGGAUGUUUACAGCUUUGGAAUAGUUCUUUGGGAGCUUAUCACCGGGAUGCUCCCAUUUCAGAACAUGACAGCAGUGCAGGCAGCAUUUGCAGUUGUUAACAAGGGUGUCCGUCCUAUUGUUCCAAUCGAUUGCUUACCUGUUCUGGGUGAGAUAAUGACUCGAUGCUGGGAUGCCAAUCCUGAUGUGAGGCCACCCUUCACCGAUGUGGUGAAAAUGCUUGAAAAUGCGGAGACAGAGAUCAUGACAACCGUGCGCAAGGCUCGUUUCAGGUGUUGCAUGACCCAACCGAUGACAGCAGACUGACCCUCAGGAGAAAAUGGGGAAAAAGAGAAACGUUACAAGAAAAAGAAAGAGAAAAAAGAAGAAACUUGGAAAAAAUGAUAAAAAAAAAAGAGAGGCAAGAGAAGGUCAUUAUAUUGUUGUAGCUUUUGUGUAUUUAUCAGGUUAAUUAUUAUCUUUGGUUAAGAUAGAAAAAGGAAAAGUGAUGAAAAGAAUAUUUGGUUUUGGGGGUUCUUCUUCUGUUAUUAAUAGAUUCGGUUGCUGCUGCUGAGUUAGUAAGAUAGGAUGUGUGUGUGUGUGUGUAUGUAUACAUACACAUAUACACAUGUCCUUGUUUAGUUCUGUUUUGGGGUUUCUGUUGUCUCUUGCUAUGUAUUAACACCUCCCUUGUUUAGUUCUGUUGUAUUUGACAAAACGCAAGAUGUUGGGUUCUCCUUCCACCAAAUAUAUGUCAAGCACGCAAUUGUUGUA